AUGUAUCCCACACGACGGCUAGCUUCCCAGGGCUUUUUCAAGCGCAGUGCAGACGAGCUUGGCCGACUGUCCAGAAUUGCUUGGAACACGGAAGCCCUCCACACUCCGACCAAGCCUUACACCCUUCUUAACUUUGAAGAUGAGGGAACCACCAACGGAUGUAAAACCAUGGCCGACCGUGCCGUAGGGGGUUUCAGCACUGCCAGUCUCGACCACCAACCCGCGGACCCGUCUUCCAACACCCCUGCACAUGCUCGCUUCCACGGAAGUAUCUCUACAAAGCUGCCAGACAAUUGGCGCGUCGAAAGAACCGGCUAUGCCGCGUUCCGCAAUCAAGACCGAGGCUUUUGGCUUCUCGGUCGGCUAUACUGGGAUGUCGAUCCAUAUGCGUACCUCGCACUGCGCAUCAAGUCCGAUGGCAGAAGGUAUACUGUAAACGUUCAGGCCGAUGCCGUUGUCGAGACAGAUAUCCACCAGCACAGAUUAUACACGCGCCAUCAUCGCGUGCGCCAAGAACCCUCAGAGACAUACGACAGUGACAUCGAAUCCUCCGACGCCGUGGAUGAAUUGAACCCCGGCGGUCUGCCCGCGGCCCUCUCCGACUUCCCUCCCGAGUCGACAAUCAUUUCCACAUCCACUAGCACAACGACAUCGGGUACCGACGGGUGGGAGACUGUUUUGCUGCCAUUCAGCUCGUUCGUGCGCACAAACUAUGGAUUCGUUGUCGAGCCUCAGACUUCUUUGAAUCGCCCUCGGAUUCAGAGUAUUGGUAUUGGUUUGACGGAUCGUGUUGAUGGGCCGUUUGACCUGCGCAUCCACAAGAUCUGGGCCACGAAUGGAAUGGGCGAGGCGGAUAUUGAAGAGGAGCGGAGAAUCUGUGGUGGCAAUGCACUUCCUCUGGAUGAGGGUGUUCGCUCUGGCUGGACCGAGCAUAUCGAGCAAAAGCCCGCUGAGCGCAAGCCCCAGCAGAAUCAGGACUCGAAGGAGAAGGGCCUGAAAGGCUUGAAAUGGGAGGAGUGA